UUUCAGAUUAUUCACUAUGGUUUGCCGAACACUUAUCGCUUUGUUAAUUUUGAUUGCGCUUUCAGAAGCAGCACGGCGAUGUUAUUCCGGUUCGAAAGAGAAUUACCAAUCACGGUUAUGUGAUACAGGCGUCAAUACCAAAUACGUAUGCCAAAAAUUUGCGUGUGAAGGAGGAAAAUCUCCAUUUGUUUUACGGACGUGCGCCAACAAGAAUGUGGGCUGCUUAGCUGGUCCAGCCAUAUGCAAAUUCAGCGGUGGCUCAGGCUCAUGUGCAAGAUGUGAUACCGACAACUGCAACCUUUGAUUAUGUCUAAUUUUUAUGUUAUUUUGUUUUUGGUUUUUUCUUCUGCUCCCCGCAUGAUUAUUGGUUUUUCUUUCCUUUUUAAGCAUUGUAUAAAAUAAUUAUUCUAUUCAUGCAUGUAGCACAUCUCCCGCAGAACCUACUUUCUGCAGGCAAUCAUUGUAAGGCUUCGUGAUCAUCAUCACUGAUUUCCCAUUUCCCACAUUUCUCUCCGUCUUUUCCGCUAACUAGCAAUUUGCACUUCUGAGUUUCUUUUCCAUUUUGCAUGACGGUCUUAAUUUUGUAAGUUUAUGAAAUCACGUAAAAAAGCGGUGCUGCACACUUUUCCAAAGUUGAACUAGGUGAGUUGAAUUAGAAGGAUUGAAGAUAGUCAAAGAAG